UCCCCCCAAGGCCCUGUCCCCGCGGCUCCGCCCUCGGAGCUGUUGGGAUUUGAAUCUGCGGCGGGCUGAGGCCGGAAGUGCCGACCCCUCACUCCGGCAUGGAGAUCCCGGGCCCCAGCGCGCGGUGCCCGGUGCGAGAGCAGCGUGCCCGUUGGGAGCGGAAACGUGCCUGCACUGCCCGGGAGCUGCUGGAGACCGAGCGGCGCUACCAGGAACAGCUGGCGCUGGUGGCCACGUACUUCGUGAGGCUUCUGAGAGCCAAGGGCACCCUGCGACCACCAGAGCGCCAGGCCCUAUUUGGGCCCUGGGAGCUCAUUUACGGCGCCAGCCAAGAGCUGCUUCCCUACCUCGAAGGAGGGCGCUGGGGACAAGGGCUGGAGGGCUUCUGUCCCCACCUGGAGCUCUACACCCAAUUUGCUGCCAACGCUGAGAGGUCCUGGACCACCCUGCAGGAGCAACUAAAGAAGAACAAAAGUUUCCGGAGGUUUGUGCGACUUCAGGAAGGUCGCCCUGAGUUUGGGGGCCUUCAGCUCCAGGACCUGCUCCCUCUGCCUCUGCAGAGGCUCCAGCAGUAUGAGAAUCUUGCCAUUGCUUUGGCUGAAAACACAGGUCCCAAAAGCCCUGACCAUGAACAGCUCACAAGGGCUGCCCGGCUGAUAAGUGAGACUGCCCAGAGAGUCCACACCAUCAGUCAGAAACAGAAGAAUGACCAGCACCUCCGGCGUGUCCAGGCUCUGCUCAGUGGACGGCAGGCAAAGGGGCUUAUUUCAGGUCGCUGGUUCCUACGCCAGGGUUGGCUGUUGGUAGUGCCUCCCCAAGGGGAGCCUCGGCCCCGAAUGUUCUUCCUAUUCUCUGAUGCACUGCUCAUGGCGAAGCCUCGCCCCCCAUUGCAUCUGCUGCAGAGUGGCACCUUUGCCUGCCAGGCCCUCUACCCUAUGGCCAACUGUCAACUCCAAAGGGUCUUUGGCCACUCAGGAGGCCCUUGUGGUGGACUGCUCAGCCUGUCCUUUCCCCACGAGAAGCUACUGCUUAUGUCCACAGACCAGGAGGAGCUGUCGCACUGGUACCACAGUCUGACUCUGGCCAUCAGCACCCUGGGUGAUUUUGUCAGAAGAGAGUGCUCAUGCCAGUGCCUGAACUAUCUUCUCUCCAAAGCAGCCAGAAGAACUAGAGGAAUCUUACAAAUUCCAGAGUCCAGGAAACCUCAGGGAUAGGUCAGAAUCUGGAGUACAAAGGAAUGUUCUUCAGUACUGACAAAACACAGACUCUUCAUGGUUUGAGAAGGAUCAUUUUGUGUUUGCCUGACACCAAGACACGACCUGUCAUUUGACCAGCUCUUAAGAACCAGGACACCAAAUCUGACCCAACUGAAACUCCACUGAACCAGCCCCUCCAACACAGAGGGAUUUGGGACUGAUAAGCCUGGUGCUAUGUCUAUGGACAGCUUUUCAUCAAGGUUGCAGCUUUGCAAGUGUGGCUGUUUUUAUGUUGUAUGUAGUUUCUAUAAUUUAUUUUCCCA